AGCGCAGCCUCAUCACGGAGCGGAGCCGGUGCUGAGCAGAGAGAGAUUCACUCACACAGGGAGGGAGAGAGGGCGUGCAUGUGCAGGCUGUGUGUGUCUGAAUCUGCACAUGUGUGUGUAUGUGUGUGUGUGAGUGUGUGUGUGUGAGGGAGAGAAAGAAAGUCAGCGCCAGAGCCAGAGAGACGAGAAAGAUAAAGGAAAGACAGACGGAGCGAUAGACUUGUGCGUAAAAAAAAAAAAACUACUGGUGUCCCCCCUUUUUUAUUCUAGUUCUUCCUCCGUUUCCAUCAGACCAAAAAAAAAAAAAAAAAAAAAAAAAAUCAUAAAACCCCCUUCAAAUCUUUGCUUGCUUGGAUGAACCAAAACCUAUCGAUCUGUCAGCCCUAUAACACCUGGAUUCAGUGACCGGCCGCGCAGCAGGCAUGUCCCGAAGGAAGCAGAGCAACCCCAGGCAGAUCAAACGUCCUCUGGAGGAUGGCCUGGAGGAAGAGGAGGAGGAGUGUGUCUCUGAGGAGAACGAGCUCCUGGCUAAAGAUGAGUUUUCGGUGGAAGAGAACUUCACAGCCGAGUUUGAGACUGAGAACAUGGCUUGUGAAGACAUGGAGUACUUCUGCAACAAAGGCGAGGAAGAUGGCAAUCGAGAAGCAGGAGAGGCGGAGCCGGAGGGUCAAGGCGAGAAGAGCGUGCAUGUGGCCGUGGGACCGGAGGAAUGGGAUGGUCCAAGAGAGCUGGACAGCUUCCUCAAGGACGGCGAGCGGCGGAUCCACAGCCGGCAGCAGCUCCCCGUGGGGACCACGUGGGGACCCUUCGAGGGGAAGAUCGAGAUGAGCACCGACACCGCCGCGGUAAGUCCCGGUCCCAGUCAAGUUCUCACUGCAGACGUGGCUGUCCGGCCUUAACCACAGGGCCGGUUCUAGAA